AGGCAAUAUGUCGAUCUCCGGCGCCGGUAAUGAGACCGGAACCACACUCACCGAUGAUGUUGUCGAGUGUUCUGUGGAUUUCAGAGGCAAGCCAUCCGUCAGAUCAUCUUCCGGUGGAUGGAGAUCAUGUGGUUUCAUCAUCGGUGCUGAAGUGUCGGAGAAAUUCGCCUACUACGGGAUAGCCACAAAUCUGAUAACCUACUUCACGGGGCCGUUAGGGGAAUCAACGGCGGCUGCAGCGUCAAACGUCAACCUCUGGGUCGGAACGGCAGCUGUUUUGCCUCUCUUUUGGGGUUCUAUCGCCGGCUCGUUUCUUGGCCGUUUCUGUACCAUCCUCGGACUUGGACUGCUUACGUUUUCAACGACCAUUCCUUCUCUCAGCAAAGAUGAAGAAACACUGGUCUCGUGCGUUUCUCAGGUCAAAGUAACAAUCUUUUUCUGUGCCCUUUAUCUAAUAGCAGUCGGAGAAGGUGGCUUCAAGGCAUGUCUUAGAGCUUUUGGAGCAGAUCAGUUUGAUGAACAUCACCCUGAAGAAUCCAAAACCAAGAGCUCGUACUUUAACUGGUUGUAUUUUGCGAUAGCUUUUGGCAUAUUCAGUACUCGUUUUGUCUCUAAUUACAUCCAAGAGAAUCUGAGUUGGGCUUUAGGAUUCGGGAUCCCGUGUAUUUCCAUGAUGCUUGCUCUGUUCUUCUUCUUACUUGGAACCAACACUUACCGCUUCAGAACCGGAGGAGAAGGAAGAAAGCAAAAUAACCCUUUUGUUAGAAUUGGCCGUGUUUUCCUCGCCGCGGCUAAAAACCGGCGACAGACUUCUUCAGACAGUUCCCUUCUUCUGCCUAUCGAUAAUUCGAAGAAAUUCAGAUUCUUGGACAGGGCAGCGAUUUCGUGCGAUUCAUCUGAAGUUGAGGAAGCAAGAGCUGUGUUAAGUCUCCUUCCAGUUUGUAUGUGUUGUUUGGUAUUUGGCAUUGUGUAUGCGCAAACUUCUACUUUCUUCACAAUGCAAGGGUCCACAAUGAACAGAUCAAUCUCAUCAAGACUCUUAGUCCCUGCAGCGACACUCCAGUGCUUCGUAAGCCUAACAGUCAUCGUCUCCAUCCCAAUAUAUGACCGUUUAUUCGUUCCAUUCGCAAGAUCAAUCACUCGUAAACCAGCAGGAAUCACGACGCUACAGAGGAUUUGCACCGGUGCUUUCCUCCUAAUCCUUUCGAUGUCGAUAGCUGCUUUGGUCGAGAUGAAAAGACUCAAGACCGCUCGGGAUCACGGGCUAGUAGAUUCGCAUAAAGCCACGGUCCCAAUGAGCAUUUGCUGGCUGAUUCCGCAGUACGUUCUCCAUGGAGUCUCUGAAGUUUUCGCUAUGGUUGGUUUACAAGAGUUCUUAUACGGACAGGUUCCGGUCGAGCUUAGGAGCUUGGGACUGUCUCUGUACCUAAGCGUAAUCGGCACAGGAUUCUUCUUGAGUAGUAUCAUGGUUUUGGUCAUUGAGAGAAUCACGAGCCAGUCCGGUCAAGUGAGCUGGUUUGCUAAUAACCUGAACCAGGCACAUCUUGAUUACUUCUAUUGGCUACUUGCUUGUCUCAGCUCCAUCUCCUUCGUUUCCUUUGUCUAUUUCUCCAAGUCGCACGUCUACAACAUCCAAACCAAACUCUCUGAAGAUCUGGAGGAA